AUCUUUCUGCUUGAUGAAACAAAUAUUACAACAUUUAUAGAUAAGUGUCCAAAAAACGUUUUGGGCCAUGGUAAGUCACAAGCCACUCAUUUUACAGAUUCAGCAGUAACUCACUAGAGAGCGGUGAUCGCAGUGCUGACGAAGCUUUGAGCUUCAGCACCGCGGACAGCGACGAGCAACGCCUCCUCACAUCUUCACACGUCAAUUGUGGUUUUCUUGUUGGUCGAGCCCGCACUGAUCACACACCUGCAGUAACCGACAAGAAAAUCUUCCCACACUUUAGGGUCUCGGCAUGUCUUGUGACUGACCGUGCGUGCAGCUGGACUACAGGAAAUUUUAUUGGUCGCCAGUCAUGACAGAUUCAGUUUCGAAACCUCCUUCGCACGAUUUGCGCAGAACAGGAAGACUGGUUUAAAACAGGAGAGCUCAGUUAGUUUGAUCUCUAGCACACACCGAAUUUGCCUACAAAAGGAAACGAAGACAUGCAGACGACGGACUAUAUUCUUCUUCCGAUAUGCGUCUAAACCAAAACCUGGAUUCUCUGUCACUCGAUGUUUCGUAAACCCCCCAAAAGCCCACAGACUGAGCGCUAAUACCGAUGCACUGAAUCGCGCAACCUGUUCGAGCUCCUCUGAAGAUGAAGAUGAAGAAGCAGAACGUGCGCACGCUCUCGCUCAUCCUCUGCAUGUUCUCUUACCUGCUCGUGGGCGCCGCGGUCUUUGACGCCUUGGAGUCCGAGACUGAGAGCGCGCGGAAACGCAUCCUAGAGCAGAAACGCAACGACAUGAAGAGGAAGUAUCGUUUCACUGAGGAUGACUAUCGAGAGAUCGAGCGAGUGGUGCUGCAAGCAGAGCCCCAUCGCGCCGGCAGACAGUGGAAAUUCGCUGGAUCUUUUUACUUUGCCAUAACUGUCAUCACCACCAUAGGUUACGGCCACGCGGCACCCGGCACAGACGCGGGAAAGGUCUUCUGCAUGUUCUACGCGGUUCUGGGCAUCCCCCUCACGCUGGUGAUGUUCCAGAGUCUAGGCGAGAGGAUGAACACGUUCGUCCGCUACCUCCUCAGCCGCGUCAAGAAGUGCGUAGGGCUUCAUCGCACAGAGAUUUCCAUGGAAAACAUGGUUUUGGUGGGUUUCCUGUCCUGCCUGGGAACUCUGUGCGUGGGGGCCGCCGCCUUCUCGCACUUUGAGGGCUGGACGUUCUUCCACGCCUACUACUACUGCUUCAUCACGCUCACCACCAUCGGCUUCGGGGACUUUGUGGCUCUUCAGAAGAAGGAGGACCUCCAAGAAAAGACACCUUACGUAGUCUUCAGUUUUAUGUACAUCCUCGUGGGGCUGACGGUGAUCGGAGCCUUCCUCAACUUGGUUGUGUUGAGGUUCCUCACGAUGAACAGUGAGGACGAGAAGCGGGACGCGCAGGAACGGGCCUCGUUGAAGAGGGGUCGUAACCUUACGGCCUUGAGUUUGGGGCAGGACAAUCACUGCCAUAGCAACCUGUUCUUGCCCAUAGAGGAGGGCACCAGCUGCACUAACCUCAUCCUGUCCCCGGCGGAGGAGCGCGGGCGAUCCAGGUCCCGACUGAGCUUGCUGUGCAGCUGCGUUUGCUGUCGCUUGGGUCUCUGCGACAGCUCCGCCCCGUCCCAAAACAAGUGCCCAGAGUGCAAUAUUAACUCCGUGUACUACAACUCUGUUUCCUACAAGAUCCAAGGCGGCUGCUCCACCAGGAACAAUACGCUUCUGUCCUCUCCAGGCAGCACGCUUUCUCCUGGGCUCAGCUUCAGAGACCUGCCGCGCUUCAGGAGGAAGUCAGUGUAACAGCAGAGGACUUUCAAAGCGUCUAUUUCGGACAGUGAGUAAGAGCAUACAUUUUGUAGCACGAGUUCGUGAAAGAGAGUUUGAAAGAUGUGUUUUUAAACAUUAAACAGCAAUGGAGUAUUUUCCAUUAUAAUUAGGGUUGGGCAGUAACAGAAUACAUGUUCAAAUUCACAUUAUCCAAUUGAAAAUGUUUUAAUGCAUCAUGUUGCCUUUAGUGGAAUCUUUUUUUUUUCUUUAUCUCUAAAGAUCAUCUGCAUUUUGUCCCUUUCAGAAUUAAUGUGUAAAACUGAUAUUGGGGAACAAUAAUGUGUCCAAAAUAAUGUGUAGAUGUCAUUUUUCCUCUAGAGGACCCUUUGUGUUACAUACUUCAUUAGUAUCCACAAAUUACAAACCGCUGUGUAAAUGAACAAGAUUCAUUUUAAAAGUAACCUUCCCAACCCUGACUAUAAUGUGAAAGGAGAUUACAUAUAUAGCAACCAUAACAAUAUCUUAAAAUCAAAAUUUUGGGCAUUUUAAACCUGUUGUCAUUCAAAUACAUACCGUGACUGUGGAGAGAAACACUGAUCAUCUCAAGCCUUUAAAUGUCCGCUGUAUUAAAUUAGGAACUGCACAAGUUAUGCCAUGUGAUGUUUUUACAUGAGGUGUGAUGAUCUAAAAAUGUGAGAUUUACUGAGAGACAGAUCUCAUCAUUGUGCCUUUGAGCGAGACACUGAACCCCAUGGAGGCGACUGCGGGAGAAGUUUACAGUGUGGUCAUUCACUUGUAGGUCAUAUUCAGUACGAGUACUCGCUCGUCAAAUACAUUCAAGUCUUCUGCUCACAGACGUCAGACAUAUCAGUAUGAAUGUACACAAUUGGGAAAAUCAUAUUUGGUUUCAGUAUUAAAGUUUGUGCAUGUUUUGCUUGUUUUGCAAUGCUUGCACAAUAUAUAACGGAAGGUUAACGCAUUUGGCUAUGCUUAUUAAUUUACUGUGUUUUCUUUUUGCUUUGUUUUUUUUUUUUUUUCUUCAGUAGUUUAGCAUGAGCAUGUAACCAGAAAAGGAAAAGUGUGUCAAAGUGAAUGUGGAGAUGAAACUGAACCUCUCUGGCCUGCAGGACACUUUCAUUGUGAAAGUCUAAAAUUUAAAUUCUCAUGGAAAUAAUUUUGUCAAUGAGUUUACAAUUAAAAACCCUCAGCAAGAUGUGCAGUAGGUUUUCAUCUGAUUGUUUAAAGGGGUCAUCGGAUGCUCAUUUUUCACAAGCUGACAUGAUUCUUUAGGGUCUUAAUGAGAAGUGUUCCUUUAAAUGCUAAUGAGCUCUGCUCACCCCGCCCCUCUCUUCUGUGGGUCUGUUUACAUUAGGCGCAUUUAGCCGUGAAACUUGCUAACUAGCACAUUAUUAAGAAAGGCGAUUUGCAAAGAUACAUAAAAAACCCCAUUAUACUCACUUCUGCUGUAGGUGAAGCUGCAUCACGAAUGAUUCAUGCAAACAUAGACGCAUUUAUGUAGAUGGCCGGCACAUUCCUGGUCUGUGUGACGUUACACCGUCAAGAAUCUGAGAAUGGCUUGAUUUGAAAAAGGGGAUAUUUCUUAUUACAAAAAUACCACUGGAUGGAUUUUUAUCAUUAUAGGGUGGUUGUGUACACACACUGCCAACACACAUUAAUGUUCAAACAACACGUAAAAGUGAGUUUUGUAUCCGAUGACUCCUUUAAUAUUUAAGGAGAGCCACUUGCUGUAAAUCUUAUGUCUAUUAACUUCUAUGGUAAACAAUUGUAAACAAAUAAACAAUUGUUACACGUCCUGGUUUUCAUUUGUUGCUUACAACAGUCAAUAGAAAGAGUGAAAAAAAAAAAUGCAAGAAUGUCUUUUUACUGGGUAAUUUUCUCAUUUUUUUCUGAGCAAUUUUACAAUGUAACUGUUGUCAAAGUAAUUUUACUGAAUGAGGGCAGAAUCGGCAGGUCAGUUGACCAAUGAAAUCAAAGCGGGGAGGGACUUGGAAAACAUUUGAAAAUUUGUAAUGUUCUUGCUAUUUUGUUAAAAAUUUAAUAACCUAAACAACCCAGUGAGUAGUAUAUAAGACUGUAUUAGGUAAUGCAUGUCUAUUUUGCACUGAACUAGCAACUCAGAUAAAGCAAGAACAUUUGGAACAAAUGUAGAAACUUAUUGUCAUGUUUGGUCUGUAUAUGACAUGAAUGAACACAUGGCCAAAAUUUUGAGGGUUUCUCUCUUUUUCGUUUACAAUUCAUUCAUUACUAAAAAUGUGACUGGCAGCACAUAUUUCCCUCUCUGCUUCCUCUUAAGAGCAACAGCCAUUACCCAAACAAACUCCACUUUGCUAACCACUGAGAUUGUACAAAUUCGCAUGAAUUACCCACCAAUUCGCCAAAAUGUUAAAUAGUUAUCAACUGCCAGGAGAGGUUAAGUUGGUAAUGACACUACAAUUAAAAAUAAAUACAUAAAUAAAUCCAGCUGUAUAUAUAUAUAUAUAUGUAUGUAUGGUAUAUAUUUGCAGCUUUUAGCCUCUUGUGGAAAACAAGGAACUUCCUGAUGAUGUCCUGUAAAUGGCCUAUUUAAAAACUAUUUUUCAUAAACUUCCCACAUUGUGAAUAUUUCUGUGUAUUAAUAUAUUCCAUUUGACUUUCUUUUUUUCAUGUUCUGUCCAUGUUGAGUAUGAAUAAGAUAAAAUAGAACGAAAAAGCAAUGGAAUGUAGAUUGUUCCUUUUUAAUAUUUUAUCAUGUUACAUAAACGCAAUAUCGUACAUCUAAUGUGUAAUCUAAUAGAAUACAUAAUGGACUACAGUUUUCAGCGUG